AUGGUAGCAGAUUCGAACUACGACUAUCUCUUCAAGAUAGUACUUAUCGGCGACUCUAACGUCGGUAAGUCGAACCUAUUAGACAGGUUUGUGAAGGGCAAUUUCAAGCUCGACUCCAAGAGCACCAUCGGCGUAGAGUUCGCGACGAAAAAUGUCACACUCAACAACGGCAAAAUCGCAAAGGCACAGAUCUGGGACACCGCCGGACAGGAGAGGUACCGUGCCAUCACAUCAGCUUACUACCGCGGAGCCAUGGGCGCCAUCAUCGUGUAUGACAUUGCUUGCAAGGCCAGCUUCAGUAGUGUCUCCAAGUGGCUCACGGAGCUGCACGAUUACGCCGACGCGAACAUCACCAUAUGCCUUGUCGGAAACAAAAGCGAUCUCACCCACCUGCGUGAGGUGGCUAAGGAAGAUGGAGAGGCAUUCGCUAACGAAAACGACCUCAUAUUUUUCGAGACGUCAUGCCUAAACAGCGAAAAUGUCGACGUGGCGUUUAAAGAAUUGCUCAGCAAAAUUAGCGAAAAAAACACAAGAUACGACGACGGGGGUGCCUCGCUAACCGACGCACAGAUGCCGAAGAACACCGUCGUCCUCGGUGUCAAAGGUGGCAAAAGGAAGAAAGGGAAGUGCUGUUGA